AUGGACGAAGGAGAUAAUGAGAUUCGCCGACGGAAAAUCCGUGUCGUAGUUGGCAUUGUAGCUGUGGUAGUUGCCAGAAUCCUGCAAAGUGAGGAGAUACCGUCUGAUUUGUUUGAUGAGAUUUGUGUACUGUCGCACCAACCUGGCUUCAAUGGAGUCCUUGGAUUUCGAACACCUCGACGUGUAUCAGUUCCGCGGCAGAGGGACUACGUCGAAGUUGUUGUGCCUCUGCAGUCUGAUGCAGAUUUUCGUGGACACUUCAGUUUGCACCGUGCAACAGUAGAAAUUGUAUGCACAAAGCUAUCCCAGUCUGUCCACAUGGCUGUGCAGGGCAAUGGAGGUCGGAAGCCUAUACCCGUGCGCAAGCAGCUUUUGGUUACUCUUUGGUGGCUUGGCAGUAAGAGCACCAUCAGAGAGGUGGCAGACAAGUUCGGUCUAUCCAAAUCGACAGUUUGGCACAGCGUACGGCGUGUGUGUUUUGCCUUGCAGGACAUGGCUCCGUUAUUGAUAUGUUGGCCCCAGGGGCAAGGUGCAGAGAGGACGCAAGCAGAAUUUCAUUCAGCUCAGCACAUCCACGGCGUCAUGGGGGCGAUUGAUGGUUGCCAUAUCCCGAUUGCAGCACCAAAUGAGGCACCUGAGACAUACCUGAACAGAAAAAAAUUCCAUUCCGUUAUUCUACAAGCAGUCUGCGACAGGAACCUGCUAUUUACGGAUGCGUAUUGUGGCUGGCCUGGCUCUGUGCAUGAUGCAAGAGUAUUCGAAAACAGUCCCCUGAAGCAGUUGGUCACUGAAGAUGUUCGUCGUUUCUUUCCUGGAGAAGCCUUUAUCGUUGGAGAUUCUGCGUACCCACUACUGCCGUGGCUGAUGACUCCCUUCAGGGAUGAUGGUCACCUCACAGCAAGUCAGACCAAUUAUAACUUCAAGCACUCGUCAACACGGAUGUGUAUUGAAAGAGCUUUCGCAUUGCUGAAAGGAAGAUGGAGGCAACUCAAGUAUCUAAAUAUUGUGAAUGUUGAGAACGCCACCCAUAUCACCAUUGCCGCCUGCGUGUUGCACAAUAUGGCCAUCAUGCACGAAGACGAUGUCAGUGAUUUUCUUCAAGACCUACCUGAAGGUGAUGUACCUAAUCCAACGUUGUAUUUUCAGCCAAACACCGGUGCUGCAGACAAGCGCAACCGAAUUGUGGAUCUCAUUGCUUAA